AUGGAGAAAGAUCCUGAAUCCUCGAGCGCGGGCGAAAAGAAAUCAGUGCAACAGAACUUAAGAAUAUCCGAUUUUGACAAAGGGCUUGUUGGGUGGGACUCUGAAGAAGAUCCUCUUAAUCCACAAAACUUUCCCGAUAGCCGCAAAUGGCUCAUUCUGGGCAUGGUCAGCAUAAUUACAUUUUUAAGUCCUUUAGCCUCCUCCAUUCCUGCUCCCGGUACCUCUUUGAUGGAUGCCGAUUUCGGCGUUACCUCGACCAUCCUUAGCUCGUUCUCAGUUAGCGUGUUCGUCCUCGGAUUUGCAGUCGGUCCUUUAAUUCUGUCUACUUUGAGCGAGAUCUAUGGACGUCAACCGGUCCUGAACAUCAUGGAUGUAUUUUUCACACUAUGGCAUAUUGGCUGUGCCUUGUCACCAAAUAUUGCAAGUUUGAUCAUCUUCCGGUUUUUGGCUGGAGUCGGCGGCUCUGCAUGCCUGAGCGUAGGCGGCGGAGUUAUUGCCGAUCUCUUCCCCAUCCACCAGCGCGGAAAGGCCAAUGCAAUGUUUACAUUUGGGCCACUCAUUGGACCUAUUGUAGGACCCAUCCUGGGCGGUUUUAUUUCACAGCGCGCAGGCUGGAGAUGGGUGUACUGGGUUCUCCUUAUUACGUGUGGAGUGAUGACCUGCGUCAAUGUUGUCAUCGGCCAGGAAACCAACCCAUCUGUCCUGAUACAUCGGAAAACAAUGGCUCUACGCAAGGAGCCUGGUCAAGAACAUUUUCAAAGUCUUUACCCGCCUAAAACUCGAGCGCUUAUUGUGCAAGGUAUGAAGCGACUGUUUAAGAUUCUCUGUUCGCCAAUCUUUUUCCUACUCGCCCUUUAUAUGUCCUUCAUCUUUGGUCUACUCUACCUUCUUUUCACCACUAUGAGCACGCUAUUCACGGAUAACUAUGGCUGGCCUGUGGAGCUAUGUGGACUCGCAUACCUAGGGAUAGGGAUUGGGUUUGGUCUCGGAAACUUCCUCGUUGCGAAGAUUUCCGACCCGACCGUGAUUCGUUUAACGAAGGCAAAUAACGGAGUAUAUAAGCCCGAAAUGCGGCUUGCUCCCUGCCUUUUCUUCGCUCCAUUUAUCCCUAUCAGCUUUUUCUGGUACGGCUGGACUGCAGACAAGCAUGUGCAUUGGAUUGUUCCCAUAAUUGGCUUGUUCCCUUUCGGGCUCGGCAUGAUUGGCAUCUUUGCACCAAUCCAGACAUAUUUUAUCGAUGCCUCUGGUGCAUAUGCUGCAUCCGCUGUGGCUGGCUUGACGGCUAUGAGGUGCCUGUUUGGUGCAUUCCUGCCUCUGGCGGGACCUAGCAUGUAUUCAGCUUUGGGUCUUGGUUGGGGAAAUUCCUUGUUGGGUUUCAUUGCUUUGGGUCUGACGCCGGCUCCAAUUUUGAUCUACAAGUUUGGUACGGCAAUUCGAGAGAGAUAUCCAAUUAGUAUUACGUAG